GUCAUCGCUUGCUCAGCUGUUGUAGUUUUAUUUUGAUUUGUAAUUUUAGCAACUCAUUAUUUCGCACAUACAUAAUUAGAAGUUGAUGAUUUAUGUAGGAAUAACUGAAAAAAAAAAAAACUGAUUUCUUAGAUUGAGUAAAAAUAGUUGUCGUCUCCAUCUACUGUGGAAAUAAAGAAUAAACGAAGUAUAAUUAAAAAUGUCUAAUCCUUUACCGGUUAUAACUAUACAAUGCGAUUGGAACGACGUUAUAAGAUUACCCAAAGGAACUGCCUGGAUAACUUCUAAAAAAUUGAAUGAAAAUGGUAUACAUGAUAAACUUACCACUUGUAUGAGUGAUGGAAAAGUGAAAAUUGAGUUUUCAGAUAAUUACCAAUACAUUUCUCAUGGACCAUUGAGUUUGGUAUUAAAACAUAUUCCCUCAGAUCUCAAGGUAGCAUUUAUAGCUCCGUCAAAAGCUCACAAAAUACAUAGUAAAGGGGUGUUAUCUGUAGCAGUAGCUGAAAAUGCUUUAGCUGUGUCUUCAUGUGAACAGGAUAAACUUGUGGUUUGGGACAGUAGGACAGGUGAAGUAAACCUUGAAUUAAAGGGCCAUGGUGGUCCAGUUUACAAAUGCAGGUUCUUCCCAUCAGGGAUAGUAGUUUUAUCUGCUGGUGCCGAUGGUUCCUGCAGGAUCUGGUCUGCAGAGUCUGGAAUUAAUCCUGUUACUUUGAAAGGUCAUACAAUGGCUGUGUGUGAUAUCUGUAUCAUUGAAAAAGGAAGAAAUGUUAUAUCUGUCAGCAAAGAUGGAUCAGCAAAACUAUGGUAUGUUGGUGAAUCAAAGUGCCUAGCUAAUGUUGUUGAAGGACAUGGACAGAUCAAUUGCUGUGCCCUCUCCACAACAAGUGAGGAAGUUGAGGUGGAAAAUGAGAGAGAGGUAGGAACAAAAAACAAAUUACUGGUUGUGGGAUGUGAGAGUGGCCAAGUAAUCUGUUCCCAUGUGGCCAAGAGGGCUCAAAUCUACUCUAAGCAGUUGGACUCAGCUUGUAACACCAUCAUUAUUUUGGACCAAUCUGUCAUUGUUGGUUGCAGCGAUGGAAAGAUAGUAAAAUUAAACCUUGAAGAUGGCUCGCUAUUAAAAGAAUGGCACGAAUCAGCUAGUCCUGUACUAAGCAUGGUAGUUCUGACCAAUCAAAUGUUCGCUGUUGGACGGCAGGAUGGCACAUGUACCGUGUUGACUCUUGACGAGGCCCACUCUAAACUUAGAGUGCAGCUGACCGGUGCUGAUUGUGAUGGCAUCAGGGACCUAUCGUUCAAUGGCAAGUGGGUAUUUGCUGGCUGUAGAGAUUCUAUGGUGCGGAAAUAUGACUUUAAUCAAAUCAAUGUCCACUUUAAAUAAAAAAACUUAAUAAUAUACUUAUGAAAUAAGAUUAUUUAUGUAUAAGAUUUAAUAUACCUUUGUCUUGGACAUUUAUCAUUAUGACAAUUUUAUUUGUGAAUAUAUUGUGAAGUAGGAAGUUAGGGUAUAUAAGGCGAUAGAGUAUAAAAAUUGAAAAAUGUUGCUGUUGGUAAUUUCUCUGUUUUGUAAUGAAGUUUCAUUUCUUUAAUUUACUUCUGCUAUUUCUGUCACAAGUGCAUACUGCACGAUAUUCUGCUGUUACAAUCUGUAAAAAGAUUAUCUCAUUAUAUUCAAUUGUAUGAAAGAUUUAUAAAUCUUUACACAGCUGUGGAGUUCCAUAAAGGGUAUAUGGAACUCCCUUUAUGGAACUCCACAGCUGUGUUCUCAAUCUGAUGCAUUGUUUCCAUAACGGUUUUACCACAGUGG